CCGGAAGUUUACAUUUGCUAAGUUACGCAUGGACGUUCUAAAAGCUGACUUUCUCCCUUGAGCAUUUUUUUCUGAUUUCACAAAUUCAGUUCAUUGUCAUGGAUAGUUUGCUAUUCAUAUGUUUGAAUUGAUAUUUCAUUUAUACUGUGCAAAAUGUGGUACUAUCUCAAAUUAUUAAUUAUGCAUACAUUUAUUCCAAACAGUACACAUAAUUUCUUCAGCUGUUCCGAAAUACCAGUACAUAACUAUAGGGGAGGAAUAAAAUAUUAAUUUGCCUCAUUAUGAUUAAGAAGAGUCAAUACAUAAUGUACCAGAUUCUUCUGAUCAUUGAUUUUAUGACAGGGAGCACAUACUGAUUGAGGAUGACUUAGGACACUCAGGCUGAGCAAAUUUAGAAUAGAAAAUAACUAUUUUUUGUGACAAAAUUGAGAAACUAUGGAUUAUUUUGAAGAUGACUUACACCGAUGUAUUAUUCAGGGUGAUGCAGAGACACUACAUGAAUAUUUGAAGAAAGGCUUGGAUGUAAACCAUGCUUUUAGAAGUAAUGAAAGACCAGAAAGAGUGGGACAAACAAUGGUGGAAACUGCAAUAGAAAAUGAUCAAAUUAAUAUUGUAAAAGCUUUAGUACAAAAUGGAUGUAACACAAAUCUAAAAUAUAUAGUGGAUGUUUUCAACUAUACAUACAUUUUGAAACCAUAUAAAAAAAGAGAGCGACUAAAAUUAACAAUUAUGUUUAAGUGCAUUGUAAAAGAAGAUGUCCCAAUGGUUAAACUUCUUGUUCAAGGUGGAUUUGAUGUGAACAUUGUUGAUGAUCGUGGAUGGUCUCCCUUGUUACAUGCUGUUGAUAUGAAUAACUAUGAAAUGGUGAAGGCCAUUCUGAUCAGUGAUAAUUGUGAUGUUAAUAUAAAAGAUACAGCCAAUCUUAGGCCUCUUCACAUGGCUGCCAUGCAUGCAAACAGUAAAAUAGCUUCCCAGUUGGUACGUAGAGGGGCAAAGGUCGAUGUUGUGCAAAUCAGAGGCUGGACACCUCUUAUUCUAACAUGUCGUGCAAACUGUGUACAGACUACCCGCUUGCUACUGUUGAAUGGAGCUAAUCCAAAUCAUACUGGAUUAAAUGGUCAUACCCCACUUUCUACAGCUCUCCAGUUUAGCACUUGUAAAGAAAUUCCAGAAAUGCUGUUAGAAGCAGGUGCAUCAGUGGACAUAACUUUAAUUAAAAGAUGCCAAAGUGAAAAGUUCCAGAAUCUCAUUCUUCACCCUGAGCUGAUGGGACUGAUUACGUAUUGUGCUGAAUCUCCUCAAACUUUGAGAACACUUUCUUGUCUUGUUAUUAGAAAUGCAUUGAUUCAUUCAACACAAAACAUUCAUUUAAUGAAAAAAGUAGAACAAUUACCAUUACCAAAACUCAUAAAGGAGUAUAUCUUAUUAGGACAUUUGUAAUUUGUUUAAAUUGUUGAUACUCCUAUGUUUUGAUGUACGAUGGAUCAAGAUCUAGAGUAUAAUGAAAAAAAGUCUUUUAAUGCUACAACAAAAAAAGUAAUUUUUCAACUGAACACAAGGACUCAAUUCAUGCAAUUAACAUGAUUAACCAAUUGCAGUUUUGUACCUUUUUUAUUUAAAGUUUUCAUUAUGGCUUUUAAAAAUCUAAAUAAAAAUAAUUAAUUUAUUUAAAACUAUUUUUGUGUAUCAACAAUUAGUUAAUAAAAUACAUGUCAUGUUAUCUGAAGAAUAUCAGUGUAUAUAUAACUUAUUUUAUUUUGGAUUUUUGCCACAUUACAUAGAAUUUAAAGGUACACUAAACAUUCACAAUUACAUUUGUGCUGAUAAAUUUGAAUUCAUCAUGUUCAUAGUUAAUUUUUUUUUUAAAUUUCUUACUUUAAAGUAAUUGCGAUGUUUUUUAUAAAAUCUACUGCAUCUUUUGAUAAGAUAUGAAGUAUGUUUUAUCUGAUUUUAUAAUUAUGUUGAGAGAAGGAGGUGAAAAUGAUGAUGAUAAAACACUAUUAAAUUAUCUCUUCAAAAUAUUGUAGUGUGUCAAGAGUUUAAAAGAUAUAACCACAAAUCACAGUGUUCUUCACACUUGUAUGGUGAUAAAACAUCUAAAAUUCAUGAUUUCUUUUGUUCAGAAAUUCACUGAGAAUAAACAAAACUUUUAAUUUCUGUGUUUUUUUUUACCACAUUCUUAUUCAAUUAAUCAUUGCUUAACUAUUAUCUUAUUGCUAUUGGUUAUCUUUCGAUUAUUUAUCCAAAAUACUUUUUCCCAUGACCACACAUACAUGAAACAUGCUAUAAAUUGGGAAUUGUGUAUUGAUUAUGACAUAAAUUAAUAAAUAAUUAAUUCUCUUAGUCAUAAAACACUUCCACAGAGGAUACUUAUAUAAUUAAAUCAGUGUCUUAAUUAACAAGAUAAGCCUUCUUCAAACCUAUAUUGAUUUAUAAUUAACAAGAUAAGCCUUCUUCAGACCUAUAUUGAUUUUUG